AUGGGUUCAACGACAGAUCAGUUCAGCCACGGAAAUGACAUUGCCGUGGUGGGAUUCUCUUUCAAGCUUCCCCAGGACGUUGAAGACGUUGACAGUUUCUGGCAUGUUCUGCAGAACCGCCAAAACUUGAUGACUCGCUGGCCCGAGUCCCGCAUCAACGCUGAAUCGUUCGUGUCUGGUACACGAAGCAAGUUUAGCUGCCAUGGCGGACACUUUAUCAACGAUGACCCGGCAGCCUUUGAUGCCCCCUUCUUCUCCAUCUCGACAAAGGAAGCAGCUGCUAUGGAUCCUAUGCAGAGAUGGACAUUAGAAACAUCCUACCGUGCUUUCGAAAAUGCUGGCAUUCCCGCCGAGAAGCUCAAGUGCUCAAGGACCGGCGUCUUCUCUGCGUCCUUUACCGACGACUGGGCCAGGAUGCUCUCACAGGACCCCGAAAACGUUGAAAGGACAGCGGCCACUGGUACUGCGCCCUCGCUCAUUUCGAACCGCGUCAGCUGGUACUUUGACCUCAGGGGGCCCAGUGUCCAUGUUGAUACUGCUUGCUCCAGCAGUCUAUUUGCGGUGGACAUGGCAUGCCAAUCUUUGCGCGCUGGCGAAUCAUCGGCUGCACUUGUCACUGGAUCCAGCUUGAUUCUCACCCCGACCUUCACCCACUUCCUAUCGAAUCUUGGCUUCUUGUCUCCGGAUAGUAAGUGUUGGGCUUUUGAUCAUCGCGCAAAUGGCUAUGCCCGAGGAGAAGGUUUCAUUGCUAUUCUUCUGAAACCUCUUUCUGCUGCCCUACGAGACAACGACAUGAUUCGGUCUGUCAUCCGAGCUACUGGCUCGAACCAGGACGGCCAAACACCUUCAUUAACGCAACCUAACCCUAGAGCACAGGAAGAACUGAUACGCCAUGUGUACAAGAAGGCCAAUCUCUCUCUUGACAAGACACGAUAUGUCGAAGCUCACGGUACUGGGACACCUGUUGGUGAUCCAAUCGAAAUGAAAGCAAUAGGAAGAGUCUUCCGAAGCUCCCGAUCCGCUUCGGCACCCCUUUACGUAGGCUCGAUCAAGAGUAACAUCGGCCAUCUCGAAGGAAGUAGCGGGCUAGCUGGUGUCAUCAAGUCUAUUGUGUCCCUUGAAAAAGGCCUCAUUCCGCCUCAUGCGCUCUUUGAAAAGAUCAACCCCGACAUUGAUCUCGAGUUCUACCAUACUGCUAUCCCAAUCCAGGAAAUUGUCUGGCCGAGCGACGGGCUCCGACGGAUAUCUGUAAAUUCGUUUGGGUUUGGAGGCACCAAUACCCACGUUGUGCUAGAUGACGCGUAUCACUACUUGCAAGAACGCGGCAUCACCGGUAAUCAUUGCACGGUGGCAGCGGCAGGACCUGCGUCGAAUGACACCACGUCUGUAAACGAGAACGGUCCAGUCAAUGGAUGUUCCAAUGGAUGCCGCAACGAGACAUCCAAUACACCCCUCAACGGCAUCAAUCAUCGCAGUCAUGGUCAGGGCAAGUCUCGACUCCUUGUAUGGUCUGCCGCAGACGAAAAGGCAGUCAAGCGCAUGGUCGAGGGGCAGCAAGCCUUCUUCAACAACCAAGUCGCUGGAGACGCCGUCAAACUCGACCAGUUUGCGUACACACUGGCUGCUCGACGAAGCCGCAUGCUCUGGCGCGCAGCAGCCAUCGUCACGGAUGAACCAAACGACAAUAUCAGCAUCGCCGCGGCCAAGCCAGUGCGCAGUUCAGGAGAGGCUGGGCUGGCUUUUGUCUUUACAGGCCAGGGAGCACAGUACGCCGGUAUGGGCUGGAAUCUUGUCCACCAAUAUCCUAUCUUUGCCGAAACCCUGCAACGGAUUGGCAAAGUGUACAAUGGCCUUGGGUGUGAAUGGCAGCUGCUUGACGAGCUGCAAAACGCCGAGAACAUCAAUUACCCCGAGUACAGCCAGCCGCUAUCCACAGCCAUACAGCUGGCUCUAGUCGAUCUCCUAAAGAGCUUCAACAUCUUGCCCAAGGCAGUCAUUGGGCAUUCCUCAGGCGAGAUUGCUGCUGUUUAUGCCAUCGGGGCCCUGUCGCUGGAGUCAGCUUGCAAGGUCUCCUACUUCCGCGGCCAACUCGCCGGCAAGCUUCGAGCCACCAGCUCAACAGUGGGAGCCAUGAUCUCGAUAAAUCUCGCCGAGGAUCACGUCCCAGACUAUCUUGGCAAGCUAGGCAUCACAGACGUCUGUGUUGCUUGCAUCAACAGCCCGUUGAACUGCACCCUGUCGGGCCCGGAGAGUGCCAUCGACGCAGUAAAGGAGCAGGCAGACAAAGAUGGUAUAUUUGCCCGGAAGCUCAAGACAGGCGUGGCAUAUCAUUCGCCUGUUAUGCUCGCCAUUGCCGACGAUUACAGGCAGCAGAUGGGACACCUCGAACCCGCCACGACGUCCUCGGCAAGUUCCAUGAUUUCCACUGUGACUGGCAACAGUGUUCCACGUGCUGUGCUGGCUACGGCUCAGUACUGGGUGGACAACAUGGUGUCUCCAGUUCGCUUUGUCGAUGCUGUCCGCGCCUUGUCACAGCAGUCCUCUACGUGGAAAGCUGCAUUCGUGGGUAACAUGACGGAUCUAGUUGAGAUUGGGCCGACUGCUGCUCUGCGUCGACCCGUCGCAGACUCAUUGGCCUCGGCAGGUCCCCGUGCAAAGAAGAUCCGGUACGCGAGCGUCCUACACCGUGGUCGGUCCGCUGUUGAAACUACUCUGGAGUUUGCCGGGCACUUGUUUACCUGUGGACAUUCAGUGUCGAUUGCCGCCGUGAAUCAACUUGACGUCGAUGGCCAUUUCCUCGUCGAUUGUCCCGAGUAUCCAUUUGACCACUCCAACAGAUACUGGUCAGAGUCACGCAUCAGUCGCGAUUACAGAUUGCGUGGUGCCGUAGUCGGUGAGACCUUGGGUCAACGGGUUUCAGACUGGAAUCCCCUCGGGCCAAGGUGGAGGAACUUUCUAUGCACCGACAACACUGUUGUGUACCCAGCGGCUGGCAUGCUGGUCAUGGCAAUGGAAGCGGUGCAGCAAAUGGUCCCUGCGAAUAGAACGGUUGCAGGUUACUCUGUCAAGGAAGCACGCUUCAUGAGUCCCAUCGUCGUGGGAGAGACGUGGGAAGACAGAACAGAGACGACAGUCGAGCUUCGGCCGGUGCAGAAGCCAUUCGAGAAGUCCUCGACGUGGUUCGACAUUCGAAUCUUUUGCUACCGCAACAAGGAAUGGUCCCAGUGUUUCUUGGCGAGCAUUCAAGUGCAGUACGAGGAAGAUUCUCUGCAAGUUGGGGUUCAACAAGAGAAGAAACUCGUCGACCAAGACGUCCUAGCCCGCUAUGAGCGUGCGGUCAAGGCCUGCACAAGGCCCGUUGAUUCCCACGUCUUUUAUCGCAACGCCGCUGACCACGGCCUGCGAUAUGGAGACUGGUUUCAGCUGCUGGAGGACCUCCACUGGGACGGAAAGAACACUGCCGUCGGUCGUAUUGACGUCUCCAAGACACAGUUCCACUCGACUAGCCUGGUGCACCCGGCCGUCUUGGACAACGUGUUCCACAUGCUGCGGGCGAGCUCCCAAGCCUCUGCCUCGACGUCAGCCACUAAUGUUCCCGUCAGGAUAGUCGACGCUUGGUUCUCUGCCUCAGGAUGGCAGAGCCCGCAGAUCAAGAGGCUCGCCUGCUGUGGCAUUGCAAACGUGGAUCAGGAGGCUGGCGAGGAUGGUACCAUCUACGCGCUCAGCGAUGAUGGGAAAGUCUUGAUGACUAUCCAACACAUGAUUACAGUGGCCGUUUCCAGACCCGAAGAGGGUAGCACAACAGAAAGAAAGCUUCUUCACAAAGCCCAGUGGAAACCGCAGCUGGGCCUCCUCGAUCCACAGCAGCUUACACAAGCUUGCGUCAAGGGUAGCAUCGUCAAAGAUGACGCAACCAUGGUCGCUCACCACGCCGAACUAACGUCCAUCAUGAAUGUCGCUCUUGAUAGGACUCUCCGAAACAUGACCGUGGCGGAGCGUGAAAAGGUGCCCGUCUCGCUGGAGCGGCACAUGGCGUGGGUGAGACACCACAUCAGCACGCUCGAACCAGGCCAGAGAGACGACCCGGAAGCGCCCAUCAGCGACCAACAGCUUGAGCAGCGACUUGAGCACAUCGAGGGCAUACACCCACCUUGGAAACUACACACCAGUGUGGUGCGCGAGCUGAAGAACAUCCUGCUCGGAGCCAAGGAUCCGCUCGAGGUCAUCUUUGAUUCGGAUCUGGCCGACGUCUUCUACGCAGACAUGUUUGCUCAGAUCUGCGACGAACGGCUGCGCAACUUUCUCGAUCUCGCCUCGCACGAGAACCCCGGCCUGCGCAUUCUCGAGGUUGGCGCCGGGACUGGCGGCUUCACGGGGCACGUGUUGACCGCGCUGCAAUCACUCGAGAAGGAGAGCGGAGGUCUGAAGCUGGCGGAAUACACAUACACUGAUAUCUCGCCCAUGUUCUUCGAACGGGCACGGGAACGGUGGAGGGCGUUUGAAGGCCGCAUAAGCUUCAAGACCCUGGACCUGGAACGCACACUCGAGAGCCAGGGCUUCGAGGUCGGCUCGUAUGAUCUAGUUGUUGCCGGCAGCGUCUUGCACGCCACGGCGGAUCUGGUGGGAACGAUGAAGAACGUGCGGACUGCGCUCAAAGCUGGAGGGCGGGCGCUGAUCCUGGAGGUGGUCGCGCCGGAAGACGUUGUCGUCAACUUCUCGUUCGGCCUUGUCCCCGGGUGGUGGCUCGCGCGUGAAGAAUGGCGCAAGAUGUCGCCCCUUUUGAACGAGAGUCAGUGGGACACGUGCUUGCAAGCGAGCGGAUACUCGGGCAACGACCUCGUGCUCAAGGAUUACGAGGGGCAGGGGUAUCAUAUCUGCAGCAUCAUCGUGUCGACUGCUGUGGAAGCAGAGGCAACAGCCCAUGUGGAUGUGAGCUACAAAGUGCUGUUGGUUGUCGAAGAGGCAUCAAAACGACAAGUUGAGCUGGCCAACCACAUUCACAACUCGAUGAGUGCCCGGUCUGGAGAACAAUCCUGCAGCAUCAUGUCCAUGCAGGACUUCCAGGCGAUCAUACCAGCAAGAGAUGAUGUCGUGCUUUGCCUAGCAAGCCUGGACAGUCCCUUUCUGUACGCCAUUUCUGAGAGCAAACUAGGCUGGGUACAGCAUCUCAUGCGCCACACCAGAAAGCUGCUCUGGGUGAGUGGUUCAAGCAUUGACGACGACACGCAAUCACAAUUCUAUAGCCUGGCCCAAGGCUUCUUUCGCUCGCUGCGACUCGAAGUGGCCGAAAGCAAGAUCGUCACGCUUGCCAUCGAGACAAGGGAUGCGACAGUAGCUGUCUCGGCACAGCAUGUUAUGAAGGUCCUCCUAAGCUCGUUCCUUGACCCAUCUUCCGAGGAGCUCGAGUAUAUGGUUAGUCAGGACGGCCUUCUUGAGACCUGCAGGGCUGCAGAAGACGUUCGUGGCAACGAUGCGCUGAAUGCCCUUCUCUCUCCACACUCCCACUCAGGUACCUGGUCAGAAGGCCCAGCGUUGUCUCUCUCAAUCAAGACGGUUGGAACACUGGACUCGCUAUGCUUCACCGAGGACUUGGAGUACGACACGGAGCUGGCAGCUGACGAGGUCGAGAUCGAAGCCAAGGCCUGGGGUGUCAACUUCCGUGAUGUCCUGCAGGCUCUAGGGCGCCUAGAGGAAAGGACAUUUGGGGUCGACUGCGCUGGUAUCGUCACCAGGUUGGGCAGUGGCUGCAAUGACAAUUUCCAGCUGGGUGACCGGGUCUGUAUGGCAUCCCCUGGCUGCAUGCGUCGAAACCCGCGUGGACCUGCAACGUCGGUGAUCAAGAUACCCAGCGACGACAUGUCCUUUGCUGCCGCUGCCUCAGUCAUCGUGCCGGGAAUGACGGCGUAUCACGCGCUCGUCGACGUUGCACGAGUCGCAAAGGGAGAGUCUGUCCUCAUCCACUCGGCUGCAGGCGCCACAGGCCAGAUGGCCAUUGCUGUUGCCAAGAUGCGAGGGGCGUCUAUCUAUGCGACAGUUGGCAGUGAGGAGAAGAAGCGCUUCUUGGUGGACGCUCUAGGUAUCCCCGAGGACAACAUCUUUCACAGUCGCAAUACGUCGUUUGCGCAGGGAGUCAUGCGCGUCACCAAGAGGCGUGGCGUCGACGUUGUGCUCAAUUCUCUCUCUGGGGAUGCUCUCCAGGCUUCGUGGAGCUGCAUUGCCCGUCGCGGACGCUUUAUAGAGAUCGGAAAGGCAGAUAUCAUUGCUAACUCGGGGCUUCCCAUGUCCUGCUUCGAGAGAAACGUGAGCUUCUCCGCCGUGGACCUACGCGAGAUCCUCAUCGAGGACCCUCAGGCCACUGCUGAGCUGCUGCACAAGGUCAUGCAGUUCACGCGUGACACUGGUGCCGCGCCAGCGCCGGUGCGCUCUUUUCCAGCUAGCCAGGUCGAACAGGCUUUCCGGACACUCCAGAACGGCAAGAAUAUCGGCCGCAUUGUGAUUGAGCCUGGCCCAGACGAUAUUGUCCCUAAAUACCUGCUAGACCGACGACCGUGGAAGUUUGAUAGUAACGCAUCGUACCUCAUCGCCGGGGGUUUGGGAGGCAUCGGUCGUGCCAUUAUGAAAUGGAUGGCGACGCGCGGCGCCAACUAUCUCAUCGUGCCAUCAAGAUCCGGAGCCUCAUCCCCAGAAGCAGCCGCCGUCAUUGCUGAACUGGAAUCUCAGGGUGUUUGUGUCGUCGCGCCAAGGUGUGAUGUGGCCUCGGAGCUGGCACUGUCAAGCGUACUUGAUGAGUGUGCACGCACAAUGCCCCCUCUCAAGGGUUGCAUCAACGCCGCCUUGGUUCUGCAGGAUGCCCUGUUUGAGAACAUGACGCUUGCUCAGUGGGAUCUGGCCGUCAGGGCCAAGGUGGACACGGCGUGGAACCUGCACCGUCUCUUGCCCAAGGAUCUCGACUUCUUCGUCUUGCUGUCGUCUCUAGCCGGGCAGAUAGGACAAGCCGCAACCUCGCAAUAUGCCGCGGGCUGUACAUUCCAGGAUUCUCUGGCACGCUACCGCGUCGAGCAUGGCCAGAAAGCUGUGUCCCUUGAUCUUGGCUGGAUGCGUGACAUUGGCAUUGUCGCCGAGACAGCCGCCUUUCAACGUCGGCGACUCGCCACCGACGACAUGCAGCAGAUCAACGGCAACGAGUUGAUGGCUCUCCUGACAUUGUGCUGUGAUCCGACCGGUUCAGAAGCAAGCCAGAUGCUCGUGGGCCUACGAACGCCAGCCGACUUCCUCGCCAAAGGACAGAAACCUCCGGCCCUACUAGAGCGGCCAUUCUUCUCAGCUUUUUCCCGAAUUUUGGGCACCGAGGUCAUCUCCAGCGCAGGACCGGCAGCGGACCCAGCGGCGCUGUUCCGCGCUGCUGCUGAACCAGAAGAAAAGGCCCAGAUCGUCAUCAACUCUCUGGUUGCCAAGCUGGCGCAUGCCAUGUCCAUCUCGCCCGAGGAUGUGGAAGUCUCAAAGCCGCUGUCGAGCUAUGGUGUUGAUUCCUUGAUGGCGGUAGAGCUUCGCAACUGGAUUCGACGCGAUUUUGCUGCGCCAGUGGCUGUCUUUGAUAUCAUGGGGGGCGUGCCUAUUUCGAUGAUUGGAGAGCUGGUGGUUGCCAGAAGCACUACUGUUCCCCACUUAUCUAGUUAG